UGUUCGAAUACGUUCACAUUGACUACUUGGCAGGAAGGCAAGUGCCCAACAUUUGUUGAUUCUAUUCAAAAUCCGGCCCUUGUGGUUGGGAGAUCGACGAGAAAGAUGGAUAGAUCAGCAGUCGCCAGCCUGGGAAAGAACUGCCGAGCCUGUGCCGAACACUCAUCCAUACUGGUGGAUCUCUUCUCCACGGAGAUCUCUGAUCCCCCCAUUUGGGAAAUGUUGAAUUCAAUUCUGCCGGAGAUCUGUCGCGUGAAACGGGAUGAAAUGCCGCAGAAGAUCUGUCCUACCUGCCUGGUGGCUGCUCAAAAUGCCUUCCACUUCAGGCACAAGUGUGAGCAGAGUUUCCAGUUCUUUUCCCAGCUCCUCCACCUCGACAAAUCUAACUCAAAUCCGAGUAGAUCCCGUUGCAAAAGAGGGGAUAGGAAUCCAUUAAUAGCCUUCGAGGUGGUCGGUUGCGAGGAUCCUCUGGCCACAAAUGCAUCCGGAAUGGAUACUAAUCGCCUUGAUGUAAAGACUGAUGUUGAUGAGCCAACCGAUACUGUAGCAACGAAUGGUCAGGAGAGUGAACCGUUGCAAGAAGUUUUUGAAAUCACGAUGAGCGAUAUUAAAACGGAAGAUGGAUUAUCCAUUCAGGAGACAUUUGAAGAUGCCUUCGAAGAUGAUAGUGAAAAUAAUAAUGACAGUGAAGAGGAGGAUUCAGAUCAAUGGACAGCUGGUUCAACGGAAGACCAUGAUGAACUCUGGAUUCCCGGCAAUGGUGAUCACAAAACAGUUGGUGGCAAUAAUCAAUCACUGCUGUGCACCGAGUGUGGAGAAAGUUACUCGACGCAAAAGGCGUUGGCAAGACACGUUGCCAAGCAUAAGGAGCAAGGUGAUACACAAAAGCCGCACCUAUGCGACUUCUGCGGUCGGGGAUUCCGUACCAACGCCCAGCUAACGACCCAUAGACGCCGUCAUACCGGAGAGCGUCCUUUUAAAUGCCCACUCUGCCCGAAAGCCUAUACCCACGGUCCGACUCUUAAGUCGCAUAUGCACACCCACGACGAGGAAAAGGCUCACAGAUGUCCGCAGUGCGAAAAGACCUUUUACACGAGAGGCAAUCUGCGGGCCCAUAUACAGAGGCACACUGGCGAACGACCCUACAAGUGUCCCGACUGUCCACAGACCUUUGCCAAAAACUCUGGCCUUAAGUUGCACAGUCGGCUGCACAAGGAAGACCGACCCUAUAAAUGUGAGCUGUGCGGCAAGGGAUUUGUGCAGAACCAGCAUUUGAUCACCCAUUUGCGGGUCCACAACGGGGAUCGCCAGUUCAAGUGUCCCGACUGCGAUAAGUCGUUCUUCGAGAAAUCAAACAUGAUGAAACAUCAGCGCACCCAUUCGGGUAUAAAGCCAUUUAAAUGUGAGGAAUGCGGCCAAGCCUUCUCGCACAACCAUCACCUGAAGAGUCAUCUACGCAUCCAUACUGGGGAAAAGCCCUACAAAUGUGACCAGUGCGGCAAGGGGUUCAGUGCGAACCAGUCUCUGAUGAAGCAUAUUCUUUGGCACGUGGAUAAUAAUGAUCGGCCAUUCAAAUGCUCUCAGUGCCCUAAAGCCUAUGAUACUCAGCAAAGCUUACGGGGUCACGAGAAGACGCAUAAAAAUCCGGAUGAGCCAAAAACUCUGCACCAAUGCCCGCACUGUGACGUAAGGUUUGCUUUAAAAAAGACCCUCGACAAGCAUAUCACAAGCCACAAGAUUCGACCCCACCCAUGCCCGCAAUGUCCAGAAGGGUUUUUCUCCCAGAAGAGCUUAAAAAAGCACCUGCGAUUUCACAACCUGACGUAAUAAUGCAAUAUCAUACUUGCCCAUCCUGCAAUAGUACUAUAAGAACAUUAGAUCUAGUUUUAUCAAGUGUAAAGUAGAAAUAACUAUUGAAUUUGUAUAAGGAAAUCAUUAAAUUUGAACCAUCUGAUGUUACCAAAAA